UUGAUCGAUUUCGAUUUCGAUCUAGAUUUCCUUUGAAUUGUAUGCAAAUUCGAGCAACUCGCGAGAUCGAGUGCGGAAUUUCUUAGCAGAAUGUCAACCAAAUAAGAGUUUGCAUACCGUAAUGCCAUCGUCCGCGGAGAACACAACCUGCCAACUAAUAAGAAACAAAAAAGAUCAACAAACAGCGAGAUAUUGACACACAUACACAGAAGCACGCGAACGCGCACACGUACGCCCAGCAGCUACACACGAACACACGCAGCCGCAAGAAGAUCAACAUUUUCCACCGGAGUCAAUUUCCAGCAAUCGAAAUCACUGUUUUGAGAAGGAAGUUUUAGGCUUCGGGUCCAGAGAGCGGAUGGUCGGCCAACGGCCAAUUCCAAAAUCCUUAGCGGAAAAUGUUAAAAAUCCUUUCUGGGCGGAUUUUUUCUCUGUGUGUGUCAUUUAUGUCAUCUCGCUGUUUCUAAAAAGGCAGUUUACCGUCCUGGAUAACGCCGCAUGAUAUGAUAGGAUUUAAGUUUUAUUUUAAGCUUCAUGCAUGUUAUUUUCAAGGAUGAACGUUCUCCAAUGUCGUCUGGUAGUGAUACCGACGAUUACUCGCAACCAGAUUCACCUGGACCUAGCUGUAGUAAUAGUAAUAUUAACCACGAUCCACCGAUCGCUAAUAGUAAUAAUCAGAGUGUUAGUAUAGCCCCGCCAGUGGCGUCGUCCUCCAGUGGAUCGUCUGCUUCAGCGGUGCCGCUGCAGUCAUCGUCGUCGGCGUCUUCCUCGUCGAGGGUUAGUGGUGGUGGUGGAUCACAGCAACAACAACAACAGAAUACUUUUACGGCAGCCCUUCAGCAGCAAAUCAAACAGCAACAACAACAGCAGGCUCUUCAUCAACAAAUUCAGCAGCAUCAACAACAACAGCAACAACAACAAUCGAACAACGCUUCCCAACAACAACAGCAACAGCAACAACAAUCUCUACAUCCCCAAGUAACCAGCAACGUUAUUUAUCCGGCAGCGGCCUUAGCCAAUCUACCUCAGGAUGUCCUAAUGAGCCUGCUGCAAACCGGACAAAUUCAGCUGCAUAAUGAAGAUGGCGCCCAACAAUACAUCACCAUCCCUCUUUCUCUGAUGUCCACCCUCAAGUCAGCCAGUGAACCCAAAAAUGCCAACAACGGAACGGCCAACAACUCAAGCAAUGCCAAAGCUUCCAAUUCCAGCAAUUCCGGGGGCGGCGGCGGGAGAUCUUCCUCAUCCGGGUCCAAUUCCAGCUCCGGCGGGAAGCAUCCGUCCCGAUCGAGUUCCAAAGAAUUUGUCAUUAAAACGGAAGCCAAUGAUUGAAUGUUUAUAUUUUUGCUAGAUUUUUAAUUUUAAUUGCCUUAAGUCUGAGCUUGCACUAUAACCAAACUAAUGCUUUUCUUUAUGCUAAUUGCUCCUAUCUUAUGCCUUUAUGUCCGGAAUUCGAUCAGAUUCUUAACAUUAAGUUUUCAUUUUGGAUUGAAUGUUUAGCUUUACAGUUAUUUCUAAGAUUAAGCAAAUCAGAAAUCAAUACAUUUAUUAGAAUGAAAUCACUUACUAACACUUUUUGAGCUGCCGCAAUCAUAUUAAAGUAACAGUGAAAUGAAAAACUACACAUUUGCAUAAAUUGCUGAAGAAAAGUAAUUGAUACACUUCUAUCCCGGGAAAUGUCAUAAAAAAAAUUAACUGUAAACUAUUCACCACUAAUUUCUGACGGUCCAAACCAACUUUACUGCGAAAGAUUCAUCAAUAAUAUUUUUUGUCUUAAAUCUAACAUUUAAAACGCUUUGAAUCUUUCGUUACGCGGCUGAGUACUGUAAAAAUCAAACAAUAAGAUAACAUAAAACUCAAAAAGGCAUCAUUCUAUGAAAUCUGUUUGAAUGAUUCGUAUUGAUAAAACUAAAGCUGCUUUCUGUUUGAUGUUAUUAUUUAAGUUCAUAUUUCUUUCAAGUUCCAAAAAUUGCCCAAUUAUGUCUAGUGGAUCAACAAAAUACUAUCUUAAAACUAUUACAUAUGCCGAGAAAGAUUGAUGUUUUUUAGCUUAAGCUAAUCCAAUAAAUAAUUUUCGUUUUCUACAAAAUAAAAACUAGGUUAAGAUUGAACUUGAAUAUCAAUAGUGAAUGAGGGCAAUGAAUUGAUAGACAAAUUAUUGAAGAAACAUCUCUGGAGUGAAUUUAUUUCUUACUGUAAUGAUAACUUUUAGGUUAAUUUUUUUUGUAACGCCCAGUCUAUUUUCAUUGGUUGAACACAUAAUAAGCCAAAAUAUUUAUUGAAAAUAAUAUUAAUGUAACUCAAU